AUGUCCGAGACGAGUUCGGUCAGCUCCGGCUCCACAGUGGGCUCAGGCAGCCGGCUGUUGCAGCUAGCACACAGAGGAGAAUGGGGUGCGCUGGAACAUAGUCUGAGGAGCAUGGACAAAGGAGACCGACACAUUACUCUCACCGACGAAGAAUCCGGUUUGACUCCAUUUUUGAUUGCUGUUCGAGAAAACAAGUUGACGAUUGUGGAAAAGCUGUUUGAGUUAGGAGGUAAUCAAAUCGAUCGGUCAAAGGAUGGAAGGACUGCACUACACAUCGCUGCAGCACAUUCGAAGGAUGAAAUUGUUCGCCUGCUGUUGACAAAAAGGUUGGACCCAAACCUAACAGGAGGGCACAAGGAUCAGUUACCGCUACACUUCGCAGCUAGUCGACCCAGUGGUGCACUUAACAUUGUUCAGACUCUGCUGAAAUACUCAAACAAAGAUGCUCGAUUAGUGCAAGAUAAGGAUGGCUGCAUCCCACUGUUCUUAAGCAUCGAAGUUGGUAAUAUUGCAGUCUGCAAGGAGCUGCUCAGUGUUAACGCUGAUCUGCAGCUCAGGACCCAAAGGAAGGAUAACGGUGACACUGUCCUACACGUUUGCUGCAGAAAGAGAGAUACAGAACUAGCUAAGGUCCUUGUGGAGUCAGGUGCUGGCGUGGAUUUUCAGAAUGAUGAUGGUCAGACUCCCUUACAUGUUGCUGCCUGGGAAGGGGAUGAAUUGAUGCUGAAAGUCUUCUAUCAAUACAAAGCCAACCCAAACAUCACUGACAAGCUGGAUCGGUCCCCAUUACACAUCGCUGCCGAACGAGGACACACAAAUGCAGUUGAAGUAUUGACUGGGAAAUUCAAGUCGAACGUAUUAGCCCGAACCAAGGAUGGAAGUACCCUGAUGCACAUUGCCUCACAAUGUGGCCACCCUGACACAGCACUGGCCUUUCUGAAGAAAGGGGUCCCUUUGCAUAUGCCCAAUAAGUCAGGAGCAGUCUGUCUGCACGCUGCAGCAAGGAAAGGCCAUACAGCUGUUGUGAAAGCUUUACUCCAGAAGGGAGCACAUGUUGAUGCUAAGACAAAGGAGUGCUACACAGCCCUACACAUUGCAGUGCAGCACUGCAAGCCCAUGGUGGUACAGACUCUGCUAGGCUUUGGGGCCCAGGUGCAGCUUAAAGGGGGCAAGGCUCUGGAGACUCCACUGCACAUUGCAGCUCGGGUGAAGGAUGGUGAGAAAGUGGCAGAGAUAUUGCUAAAAAGUGGGGCUGAUGUAAAUGCUGAUCAAGAGAACGGUGAAACGGCUAUGCAUGUUGCAGCUCGUCACGGCAAUUUGAAAAUGAUCCAAGCCUUGAUUGAGGAGGGUGGUGAUUUAACCUGGCAAUCAAAGGUUGGAGAGAAUCCAUUGCACAUUGCAGUCCGACACUGUCACCUCAGCGUUGUGGAAGAAAUCCUCAGCUACCUGACCAAUCAGAGGAGCCACACAGAGGCAGUUGCUUGCGUCAACCAGGAAAACAAGGAAGGAGAAACAUCACUACACCUGGCAGCAGAGAUUAAGAAAGACGUGGUUCACUUUCAACAAGAAGAUACUCAGAUUGUUAAAUUUCUCAUGGAAUAUGAAGCUGAUAUCACUGCAACAACCAAAGUGACACAUGAGACGCCAUUACAUUACUGCGCACAUGUGGGGAAUGCUGACGUUCUUCUUGAGGUCUUGAAAUAUAUCACUUCAAAUAGAAUCCAGCAGGUCAUCAAUAAACAAUCUCAGAAUGGAUGUUCACCAUUGCUUUUGGCUGCAGAGAGAGGGCACACAGAGAUGGUGAAGAUAUUGCUGUUAAACCAUGCCAGGGUAGAUGUUUUUGAUGAGCAUGGUAAGGCAGGGCUUCACUUGGCAGCAGAGAAUGGACACGAUCAGAUCUCAGACAUUCUGCUGUGGCACAAGGCCUUUGUCAACGCCAAAACCAAACUUGGCCUGACACCUCUUCACCUGGCAGCACAGAAUGGUUACAACAAGCUGGUAAAGCUACUCGUGGAGACCCACGCAGCAAGUAUUGAUGCACUGUCUUUGUCGAAACGGACUCCUCUCCACUUGGCAGCAGGGAACGGACAGCUCGAUGUUUGCAACAGUUUGCUCAAGAUGAAGGCUGAUGUGAACGCUACUGAUAUUCAUGGACAAACACCACUCCAUCUCGCUGCAGAAAAUGACCAUUCUGAGGUUGUGAAACUCUUCCUCAAACAGAAACCGGAACUGGUGACUUCUGCAAACAUAGAAGGCUCCACCUGUGCACACAUUGCCGCAUCAAAGGGAAGUGUCGCCGUGAUAAAAGAACUGCUAAAAUUCAACAAAGCCGGAGUCACUACCGCACGGAACAAGACGAAAGAAUCUACUCCACUCCAUCUCGCUGCUGCUGGAGGUCAUGCUGAGGUUGUUAAGGUGUUGUUGGAGGCUGGUGCGUCUGCCACUGAUGAGAAUGCAGAGGGAAUGAAUACAAUUCAUUUAGCUGCUAAGAAUGGGCACAUUAAUGUCCUGGAAGCCCUGAAAGGCACGGUAUCCUUUAAAAUAACCAGCACAAAGACUGGAUUCACUGCUCUUCAUGUGGCUGCACAUUUUGGCCAGAUGGAUUUUGUGCGGGAGAUUCUAACCAAGGUACCAGCAACCAUACGCAGUGAGACUCCAAAGUCCACCAGCGAGGGACAACUGAUGAAGGAGCCGACAACCGAGUCAGGGUACACACCAUUACACCUGGCAGCACAGUCUGGGCAUGAGAACUUGGUACGACUUCUGCUGAACUACCCAGGGGUUCAGGUGGACACUCAAACCAGCUUACAGGGUUCCACGCCCCUCCACCUCGCAGCACAGAAUGGCCACACUGCAGUCAUCGGGCUCCUCUUGAGUAAGUCCACCACCCAGUUGCACCUCAAAGACAAAAGAGGACGCACCUGCCUGCACCUGGCAACAGCUAAUGGUCACAUCGAGAUGGCACGAGCUCUGCUUGGCCAAGGGGCAGAGAUUAACAUCACAGAUAAGAAUGGCUGGACCCCACUGCAUUUUGCGGCCAAGUCUGGUUACCUGGAUACGGUGCAAUUUCUGGUGGAAAGUGGAGCUUCUCCCAAGCUGGAAUGUAAGGAAGGAAAGACUGCCCUACAGUAUGCGGCAGCUGACCACCACCAAGAGGUGGUGAGCUUUUUAAUCCGAAAGAAUAAUAUCACCCUUAAGUUAACAGAGGAUCGCAAGUUCAUCUUUGACCUCAUGGUUUGUGGAAAGCUCAACAGGAACAAGGUCAUCGAGGAGUUUGUCUUGAACUCAGCUGCCCCUAUGGACACUGCCAUCAAGCUGUCCCGUGCUUUUGGCAUCACCGCUCUGAAGGAAAAGGAGAGAUCCAUGGAGCUUUUGGAAGCAGCCAGGUACUGUGAAAACAUGGCGGCCGAGCUGCUCACUGUGGCUUCUGGUUGUCGGAGUACUGGAUACUUGCUCCGUGCCGUAGACCAUCGUGGCACCACAAUGCUGGACUCGUUGAUAGAAUGUGAACAGAAGGAUGUGGUGGCUCACCCAGCGGUUCAGAAAUACCUGACUGAUGUCUGGUACGGGAACUUGAAGUGGGCGCACUGGAAGAUAGUCCUUUUGUUCUUUGUCUUCCUCAUUUGCCCCCCGAUCUGGCUGAUGUUCUCCCUUCCAUUGAAGCACCAGUUCAACAGGAUUCCAAUUAUGAAGUUCAUGAGCCAUUUGGUUUCUCACAUCUUCCUCCUGGUGUUAUUUAUAUUAACCAUUGUCUACCCCCCACUUAGCCCAAUGUAUGAAGGGCGGACGCUUCCAGGUUGGAAUGAGUGGCUCCUAUUGGCUUGGCUUUCAGGAAUGCUGGUCUCGGAACUGACACACCCUGGUGAGAGGGCAGGGCUGGCAUGGAUACGGAUUUUCAUCCUGGCGUUUUCCGCUAUUGCCGUCUUCUGCCACCUGCUUGCGUUGGCUUUCCGGGACCACGACCGGCUGCAUUGCUUCUUUGCCCGAAACAUUUUCCUCGCAGUGGCCAUGACACUUUGCUUUGUGCAAUUUUUGGAGUUCCUGACAUUCCACCACCUCUUUGGCCCCUGGGCUGUCAUCAUCCGAGACCUGAUGAAGGAUCUUGCCAGGUUCGCAGUAAUUCUGGCCCUAUUCCAUGUAGCCUUCACCAUGCAACUUUCAGCAGUUUACCAGCCUGUAUAUCCUGCUCUGCUGGGCAGUCCGUCUGCCAGAAAUGGUACCGAUUCAGGAGGCAAUUCUUACGAUGUCCAAGACCCUUUGGAUAUUACUGUCCUACUAUUUUUUGCUCUGUUCGGUAUGGUGGAUCCAGACACUUUACCUCCAUUACAUCGGACACCUACUUUCACCCAAUUCAUUGUCAGAUUUGUGUUUGGAAUGUACCUUGUCAUGACCCUGAUUGUCCUCAUUAACUUGCUAAUUGCUAUGAUGAGUGACACCUACCAGCGGAUCCAGGCGCAGUCAGACACCGAGUGGAAGUUUGGGAGGGCCAUGCUGAUCCGUGACAUGAUCAGGAAAUCAGGGACCCCUUCUCCAUUCAACUUGUGCACCAUUCUUUUCUAUUACAUCAAAAUGCUGUGCAAACACAGGGGUAAACUGUGCUCCACUGAGGGCAGAGAGCUGAUGAAUGAAGAAGAUGACCUUGAGACGAUAUCGGAUACACAUUCUAUAGACAUGUUGGCACAUACAUCUGUUGGUUGGAUACGAAACCCCUCAAAGAGAACAACACAAAUCUCACCAGAAGGGAUACUUGAAUGUAAUUGUGCGAGGAACACAAAGUUAUCAGACGCAUCAUGCAUUUAG